CACGUUGACUUUUUCUUUUGCACCUUGUCUUUGUUCGGGCCUUAUUGAUAUUGAACUCCAUAUCGAGGCUAAGCUAGACGGCUAGCUGGCUAGAGCGCGCGCGCACAUAUACUUGAAAAUUGUUGGGUCUUCUUUCUUCAUUUUUUUUAUAUCCAUCGCCCGAUUCCGGUCCGCAUGCAGCCAGUUAGCCGGUCCUGUGAAAACGCCUCCUUCCCAUCCAAGAAAGAAGACGCCAUGGCUUCCUAUAUGUAUAUCUGAGGAAGUAGGAGGAAAAAAGAAAAUGAAACGAAGAGCAAGAGGAGGCAAAUUGGGUAGAUAAUAAGAAAGAAAGUAAAAAGACGUAAAAGGAGCACUGGAAACGCCCACUAGCAAAGUCUUGUACAAACCCGUGCACACUUCACUAGAUUACUCAGCAAGACGAACAGGGGGGGAAUAUAUUCGAACAAUGAAGCGAAUGACUGAGCCGUCAGUAAAGAAAAAAAAAAAAAGAGGAAAAAAGAAGAGGAAACAAAGAACAGAAAAAGAAAAGAAAAAGACCAAGGCUCUAACAACAUCUGGUAUCACUGAGAAGAAGUGGGAGGUUGCAGAAUGCGAGAGAAAGAGCAGAAAAAUGUGGGAAGGUUGAUUCAUGAUGCAUGUGCAGUCAAGUCAGUAUACAUGAAUGCCAUGCUGACGAUAAGGGAAGGAAAAGGUCGACUGCGUUAUCCUCACAAUGUCCGAAGUAUUGUUGAGAAAGUCAACCUUCCAUCCAAGACAAAUCAACACGGACGCUGUCGCUAAUGCAAUAUCGUAUGAUAGUAACCUGCACUUUUUGGAGCAUAUCAUUUUGUUGAAGAUGAUCGUGGUGAGAGUCCACAGGCCGCUUAUGGGCCGUUUGUUCGACGACGUCGACCACGCGUGCUGCCCUCAGGCCGUUGGGCCAAAACCUGGCGGAGUGCCGGGUCGUCGCGGUUCUUGUCGACGUGGUGGACCCUGACAUG